GAUGAUCCAGGAUUUCUCGAAUCCGAAUAUAAACGUCGUAGACCACAUCCAAAGUUUAAAGAAUAUUUAGAAUGUGAAAAAUCAAUUUUAAAAUUGGGUAAAAAGCGUAAAAAGAAAUUUGUAACAUAUGUGCUAGCAUGUGGAGUGUUCUAUGGAUGCGGUGAAUAUAUGUUACGACAUUUAUUUAAAGAAGCAUGGUCAACACAAAAUGAAUUACCAAUUUACUUGAAUGGUGAAAAUAUUCUACCGACUAUUCAUAUAUUAGAUUUAGCUAG